AUGGAACCAGGAAACCAAACAGCGGUGUCAGAAUUCAUCCUCCUGGGACUCUCAGAAGAGCCGCAGCACCAAGCCCUCCUGUUUGGGGCGCUCCUGUGCGUGUACCUGGUCACCGUCUUUGGGAACCUCCUCAUCAGCCUGGCCAUCGUCUCAGACGCCCGCCUCCACACGCCCAUGUACUUCUUCCUCUUCAACCUCUCUCUGGUCGACAUCCUAUUCUCCUCCACCACUGUCCCCAAGAUGCUAGCGAUCAUCCACACCCGGAGCGGGGCCAUCCCGUUGGCCGGCUGCCUGGCCCAGAUGUACGCCUUCCACCUGUUCGGGACCAUGGACAGCUUCCUCCUGGCCGCCAUGGCCAUCGACCGGUACGCGGCCGUGGUCCACCCGCUGCGGUACUCGGCCCUCAUGAGCCCCCGCGCCUGCGGGCUGCUGCUGGGGGUGCCGUGGGUGGCCACCCACCUGCAGUCUCUCGUGCACACCUGUCUCAUGGCUCAGCUGACCUUCUGCGCGGGCGCCCGGAUCCCCCACUUCUUCUGCGACCUCAUGCCCCUGCUGAAGCUCUCCUGCUCGGACACCCGCGCCAACAAGCUGGCGGUCCUGGCCUUCGGCGUGGCCAUGGGCGUGAGCCCGCUCGCCUGCAUCCUGCUCUCCUACCUCUGCAUCUGCCGGGAGGUCUGCAGGGUCCCGUCGGCCCCGGGCAAGUGGAGGAAGGCCCUCUCCACCUGCGGCUCCCACCUCACGGUGGUGUCGCUGUUCUACGGCACCAUCUUCGCCGUGUACUUGCAACCCGAGUCCCCCUCCUCCUCCUCCCGGAAGGACAAGGCGGCCGCCCUCAUGUGUGGCGUGGUCAUCCCCAUGCUGAACCCCUUCAUCUACAGCCUGAGGAACAAGGACAUCAAGGCGGCCCUGCGGAAGCUCAGCGCCAACGCCGCCUCCUCGAGGUCCUAG